AUGGACGAAGAGCCUAUGCCAGCUUUGGUUUCUCCUCGACAGACAAGACAGAAAACAAGGCUCGCGGCAGCAGUCGCUUUUGUAUCUCCUCAUUCUGAAUCAAAUAGUCAACCAAUGCCAGCUGCCUCGGCAUCCAACACCAAGGCCUUCAUGAGCGAAACCAAGAUACACAGCUUACCAGAAACUCUUGGCGCAAGUCUCAAACUUAAACAUCUCACAAGAAAGAACCUCCAGCUUCUCUUGAAGAAGCGUCGCCUGCUACAAGAGAAUCAACUAGAAGCCCCCCAAGACAUGCAAGUAAAAGGUCUCGCUCAGUCACUGAUGGCAACGCUACUCUUUGCCCAAGAGGAAGCUGGUACGGCCGUCUGCAUCUCACGCGACGGCAUCCUCCUCACCUGCUCUCAUUGUGUAGCCGAAACAGCAGACGAGUUUGACAAGUCCAAAAGCCACUGGCUCCUGUUCGCCUCAGGUCAAGUAGUGGAAGCGAAAACCUUGGUAUGGGACUCGAGGCGUGACCUCGCUCUCUUGAAAGUCAUAGCAGCUCAGGAGCCCCCGUCUUCAACAACCUCGGAUCCGAGCAGGGCGGCCGUAGGCUUUCCAUUCAUCACACCAGCCACCUCCCCGCCGCCUCUUAAAUCCCGUCUUGUAUGUGUUGGUCAUCCGGGAAGCAAUGAUCUAGAAGCUGCGGAAACGGGUAUCCAGACGGGAUACGACAUGCUGCACUUAAGCACCGGGACUUUCAGAGGCUGCGUCGAAGGGCAGGACGUCCAAGAUAAUUCGGAUAUCGGGGCGCUUAUGCACACUUGCUGGACAUAUUGGGGGCACUCGGGGGCACCCCUUAUUGAGCGACGGACAGGAAGACUGGUUGGCUUGCAUUCCUCAUGGGACGACAAGACGGGGAUGCGAAGAGGUAUUGCAUUGGAGGCUAUUCAGGGAUUCCUUAGGGAGAAUGAGCGUCAUCUAGUAGAAAAUCUGUAA